AUGAGUGGGCGGUAUGUAUAUUCUCAAGGGGCUUCAGGUUUGACUGUGACAGAAAAAUUUACUACACCUAUGACGAGUGUACACUCUGACGAGACUGACCUAAAACCUGACAUAAAAGUAAAACAUUCUUUUUUACUCUCUUCACUUUGUCCCGUAAAUCUGAUGGGCAGAGACUUGAUGUGUACCUAUGGUAUUUGUUUGACGUCAUCUCCAGACGGCCUUAAAGUGGUUAGGCGUAGAGCCGCACUCCAAAUGAUGCAAAAGGCUCCCUCUAAUCCUCUUUUUGUGUAUCAGUGGUGGAUCCCGAUCGAUGACGCUCGGAGGCUAAGCCAGGCUGGUGAAGCACGGGUUUCUCCUCAUGCAGACCGUAUGAACCCUGAACACCUGCAUUGCACAACAUAUGUGUCAGAGGGUCCAGACGACUCUUUUGAAGAGACAUUUUUUGAGACCCUCAGUGAUGCAAUUGCCUGUUCUACUUUGUACUGGUCAACUUGUAAAUCUGCUGUGUCUAUUUCUCUGUCUUCCACGCAGAAAGAGCUGUUUCAAGUUCCCGGCUCCUAUCCCCAUGUCUCACUGUCUAAAGGACGCCUUGACCAAUGGAGGGAUUUGGGACCAUUUGUGGCUCAGUGUGAAUCUCUCACUGACUGGGAGGAGACAAUCGAUCCGCUUGUUCUGCGCUCCGCAUCUACAGGGUUUUACAGAACUCACUGUGUAUUUCUCACACAAGCUCGUCGAUCUGUCUAUGUGUUUUAUGAGCACAACGACAAAGUUGAAACAUUUUUAACAAAUCCCACAUCGAUUUCUCCCGCUCUUGCUUCUGUUCCACAGACACUCUGGGCGGCACACAAAUAUGACGUAGGCUUGAUCAACAACUGCCAACCGGUCGUCAUCACUCCACGUUCUGACUUCCGCCCCCACAAACACCAGUACCCCCUGCGACAAGAGGCCAUUGACGGUAUCACACCUGUAUUCAAUUCGCUCCUGGAGGCAGGAGUGAUAGUUCCAUGUCCAGACUCACCGGUCAGGACGCCAAUAUUUCCAGUAAAAAAAAUCAGAGAUGCUGGCAAGCCUACAGAAUGGCGUUUCGUGCAGGACCUAAAAGCAGUAAAUGCGGCUGUUCAUGCACGGGCACCAAAUGUUCCUAAUCCUUACACAAUCCUAGCUCAGAUUCCUCCUGAAGCUAAAUGGUUUUCUGUUGUUGACCUGUCAAAUGCCUUUUUCAGCGUGCCAGUCGACAAAGACAGUCAAUUUUGGUUUGCAUUCAACUUCAACGGUAAGCCAUACACCUUCACUCGUUUGUGUCAAGGCUAUACCGAAUCACCCACAAUCUACAAUGAUGCGCUCAGAGAAAGCUUGGAGAGCUUAACGCUCUCUCCCGGCUCUGCACUUCUGCAGUAUGUUGACGACUGUUUAAUUGCAGCUCCUACUCAGACGCAGUGUCAGACAGACACGCUUAAACUACUCAAACAUUUAGCAAAGGAAGGCCACAAGGCCAGCCUUUCUAAAUUACAAUUUGUGUCUCAAAAUGUGCAUUUCCUAGGUCAUGACAUAUCUGGAGAAGGAAAAACCCUCUCCCCAAAAAGAAUUGCCGCGAUCGUAUCGAUACCGAAACCCAACACCAAAAAACAAAUGAUGUCCUUUUUGGGCAUGUGCUCAUACUGUCGAUCAUUUAUUCCAAACUACUCACAAAUGGAACAACCGUUAUCAAACCUAAUCCAUGGAAAAAAUCUUACAGCACACGACAAAAUAAUCUGGACUGAAGAGGGUCAUGCGGCCUUCACACAAAUGAAAUGUGCUUUGCAAACUCCUCCGACUCUUGGACUGCCGAACCCGAAUAAGCCAUUUACUCAGACAGUAGAUGAAAGACAGGGCUGCAUGACUUCUGUGCUGCUACAACCACAUGGUGAUAAACUCCGCCCGGUUGCGUAUUUCUCCGCAAAACUCGACCCUGUCGCUGCAGGACUGCCACAAUGUUUGCGCGCUGUGGCCGCGGCUGAAAGAGCGCUCACUGCCUCACGUGACAUAGUGGGUUACGCACCACUCACUCUGCUCGUUCCGCACGCGGUUUCUUUGAUUCUCAUCGAACAGAAAUCUUCUCACCUUUCUGCGGCUCGCUAUUUACGGUACCACACAUGUCUCCUCGACAUGCCGAAUGUCACAAUAAAACGUUGUACUAACCUUAACCCUGCAUCCUUACUUCCUAUUCCUGGGGAUGGGGAGGACCACAACUGUUUGGCUGAGCUCCAAGCUCAGUGCACUCCUCGUCCUGACCUAGUGGACACUCCACUAACUAACAGCGACAUGGUAAUGUAUGUGGAUGGAUCCGCCUCUCGCGAUCCUCAGUCUGGUGAAAAUUGUGUUGGUUUUGCUGUUGUUUCUGACUCUGGUGUGCUGUGUUCAGGUCCUCUGCCAUGUCACCUCUCAGCCCAGGCAGCUGAGCUCAUCGCUCUGACCGAAGCCUGUAAACUGGCUAAGGGUAAAACAGUCACAGUUCACACUGACUCUCGCUAUGCGUUUGGUGUAGUACAUGAUUUUGGGGCACUGUGGAGACACAGGAAUUUCCUUAAAUCGGACGGUAAGCCCAUCCUACAUCACACUCUCAUUGCUGAACUGUUGGAAUCCAUCUUGCUACCCACAGCAAUUGCUGUCUGUAAAUGUGCAGCCCACACGUCUAAUACAGAUGAUGUAUCACGGGGAAAUGCUCGAGCAGACUCGGCUGCAAAAGCUGCUGCUCUGCGCUCGCUCCCAGCUUCCUCUGUUUUCAUGUGCUCUCAGGUGUCAGUUCCCUCCUCUCUUACAGCGAUGCAGUCCCUCUCCACCCCUGAUGAAAGACGGCUUUGGUCCAUAUCUGGCUGUAUUUACACCAACGGCCUCUGGACUGGACCCGAGGGCAAGCCGUGUUUACCUAAACAUUAUUUUGCCCAUUAUGCUAAGUUGACUCAUGGGUUAGACCAUGUGUCAAAAGGUGGAAUGUUACGUGCACUUAAUGAGACGUGGUUUACAAAAGGGUUCACAGCAUAUGCACAAAAAUUUUGUUCUGCAUGUGUCACCUGUUCUACUCACAAUGUAGGCAGGCCCGUGGGCGUGUCCAGCCAGGCUGCACACCCACCACCAACCCGCCCUUUUGAGCACAUUAUGAUGGAUUUUGUGGAGUUAUCUCCAUCUGAAGGUUGCAGCCGCCCUCCCGAAACCAGCUGAAGGACCACUCCACA